CGAGAUUUGGCCGAGAUGGACGCGACGAAUGCGGCGGACACGACAGAGGAACAAGAGGCAGGAAAGGGCGGCCGAGGAAACUAUCGGUGCAGUCGAUGCGGCGAGCCCAAGAAGGGCCACGUGUGUCCGUACCAGCCUGGCAACUACAAGUGCGUUUUGUGUGGACAAAUCAAGAAGAACUGCACGUGUGGGGCGCCGUUGACACGAACGAUUGGAGUGCAAUGCGAGAUGGACGAAGACAUGACAACACGGGUUCUCGAUUUGCGAAUGCAGGGUGUGUUGGACCUGCCAUUGCCACAAUUUAACAUAUAAACCGUUACCACAUCAAACAUGAAGGGACAACUCAAGAUAUUCGCUUGUCAAGGACACAUCUCGAGAAAGGGUCGGGCAUGGAAUCUCGCGACAGUCACAUGGCACAUCCAUCGCAUUCGUGUCACCCGUGACACCAUCCUCACGUGUGUUUCUUGCAUGCUGCCUCUGUCCUUCUUCCUUGUGUUCCAUGCCCAGCCUUAGGUUGUCCGUUGAGUUGAGUUGAUGGGCGCAUGGACGUCUUAACAUCGAGAUCAUUGCAUGUUCCGCA